AUGAGAUUUUCAAUCUCGGAUACCAAUGUCAUCAGCUCCUUCUACGUCGUUAAGCUAUUUCUUCUGCAUCUCGCUCCACUCGUUAAUUCGCAAUUAACCACACACGAGUAUGUCGGCUGCUACAGCUGGAUCGCCGUACUUCAGACAUUUCACCAGACAGACAUCCACACGUGCUCCGAAAAAUGCAAAGACUUCAUAAUGAUUGCCAUGAAGUCGAAGGAUGAAUGCAUUUGUACGGAAAGGGUUGGCCAGUCGUUGCCGUCAGAGCAUUGUGACGAGGUUUGCCUUGGAGUAGGUCCUUGUGGAGGUUUCAACUAUUUCGCUGUCUAUAGUAAGAAAGAUAUAACAGACUGUUGUUCCACACACGUUGGCGAUUUCUGGAGAAACAAUUUGACCAUCAUAUCGGAAACCCUCGUCAGUCCGAAUGAAACCUUCCAGACAUGUUUGAAGAUGUGCCAGGAAGAUGGGGCUGUCUACUUCAACAUUUAUGUAUGCUGGAUGUCCAAGACCCAACGUAAUGUUAAACAAUGCCAAGAGUGCAGUGCUGAACAUCACGAUAAUUAUGCAUCUGUCAUGUCGGUAAACUUCCAACUGCAGUUCUCACAGAGGUUCUCAGCAUAUUCUCACUGUGAGAGGGAAAAAUUAAAUUUAACCCAUUGUGACGAACAGAAAUGUAAGGAAGAUUGUGCGCUCAACAACGGCGACUGCCCUAGCGACAUGACGUGCUUUGAAGCCAAAUUUGCCAGAAGUCUCAUCAUCGUCGAGUGUCAGUGCGGUGUCGACCAGCAGCUCAGUGAUGGGAAAAAAUGCAUUGCUAAUAUACAUGAGGAAAUCUUGAUAAACAUAGCGGCACAUAAGAAGGUGAUAGUCAACAAAGCCGAGUUGGAGAGUAAUUACGAACUGUGCGGAGAAUGGAACGGCAAACUGUAUGGUUUUGGUUAUCCCAUGGAGGUCAAAUGCAAGGACAACGUCAUCGGUCGUUAUGUCAUCAUCUUGUCUACACCGGUAGUGACGAAAUUAGCCCAUUUCUCGUUGGAUGAAGCGGAAGUCUAUGGAUACGGUUUAUAA